AUGCAGCUUCAAGGAUUGUUCGCUCAACUUGGAGCGCUCAUGCUUGUGGCGCUGGCCGCCAGUGCCGCCCCGAACAACGGCGCCAAGUGGCAGCACAAGAAACAGCCCAACGUGAUCCAGCUCAUCUCGGACGGGUUUGGACCGGCUUCCGAGACGUUUGCUCGCUCGUACCUGCAGAGCUCCAAGAAACUGGGCUGGAACGUAACCAUGCCGCUCGACAGGCUGCUGGUGGGCGAGGUGCGAACACGAUCGACCAACUCGUUGGUGACCGACUCGGCUGCUUCGGCAACCGCGUAUUCGUGCGGCCUGAAGAGCGUCAACGCAUACAUUGGUGUGGAUUCCGACAAAAAGCCGUGCGGUACGGUGCUUGAAGGAGCCAAGGCGAAAGGAUACAAUACGGCGCUCGUUACUACGUCGCGCAUCACGCACGCGACGCCCGCUUCGUACUCGGCGCACAUCGACGACCGUGAUGCUGAAGACGAGAUCGCCAGCCAGCAGAUCGGCGACUACGUGCUUGGCCGCCAGGUCGACAUCCUGUGGGGUGGCGGACUGCGUCACUUUUUGCCUAACACCACCAAGCCAGGUAUCCGUACCGACAGCCGUAACCUCGUCCAAGAGGCCAAGCAGCGCGGAUUUCACAUUAUCAACAACCGCACCGACUUUGACGCCCUCCAAGCCGGCAAUGCGCUGAAACUGCCCUCGCUGGCGCUCUUCGCUUCGUCGCACAUGGCGUACGAGAUCGACCGAAACGCAACGCAGGAACCCAGCUUGAAGGAGAUGGCCUUGACCGCGCUCAACGGCUUGCGCAACCAGGACGAGCCGUACUUUAUCAUGAUCGAGGGCGCGCGCAUCGACCAUGCUGCACACAACAAUGACCCCAUUGGUCACAUUCACGAUAUCCUCGCGUACAACGACAUGGUCCAGGCGGUGGUCGACUGGGUUGACGCCAACGCAGCCGCCAACCCGCACGAGCCCGAGACGGUGGUGUUUUCAGUCGCCGACCACGAGUGCGGUGGGCUGACGCUCGGUCUACAGAGGAGUGAGGAUGAGGAGUCGUUCUACGGAUGGUACCCGGACGUGCUCUUGAACGCUACGCAUUCGACCGAGUUCCUGGCGGCUCAGACCGCCAAGUGGAUUGCCGCUGCCAACCGUACCGAUGACGAGCUGAGCACCUACAUCCGCGACAACGUGGUUUCCACCGGCCUCGGCAUCAAGGAUGUUCAGAAGGACGAGGUGGAGCGUGCCGUCCAACUAGCCAAGCUCAAGAAUCAGAUCCCCUACACCGUCUGGCUAUCGUCGAUCGUCAACUGGCGCGCACACCUCGGAUGGUCCACGACGGGCCACUCUGGUGUCUCGGUCGGUCUAUAUUACCACGAAGCCAAACCGCACAAGGUGGGUACACCCAAGUACAAGCGAUACCAGCAGCGUCGAUCUUCGGUGAUCGGAUCGCACGAAAACACGUGGAUCGGCGAGUGGAUCGCGUCGUUCCUCGAGCUCGAUCUGGCGUCGAUCACCAAGACGCUCAACAACGGCAGUGACUACAGCUGGUACAGCAACUGGGGCGACAAGCUAAACCACUUUACCGAUACCUUGGAGCACUACCAUGGCGGACUGGCGCGCGUCAUCCCGGCUCGAUCCGCGAGCGAGAAGCGCGAUCUGCACGCCGCCGACUCGCACCUGCUCAACGAGCCACUCAUGAGACGUAUUCACGGCCCUCGUGUGGGCGCGACACUCGAAGAGUCUUGGCACACCUCGGCUCGUCGUCAGCAGCUCUGA